AUGACAUCCAGUGACGUCGAGCAUACUGCAUUGUUGUUAUCGGAACCAGCUUCUGAGUAUUCGCUUUUUCUUUCAUCUCUUUCCGAUCAGGACAAGCAGUUUCUCGGACUAGUUUCUUCUAAUGCCGACUUCGUGUACAAGUACCAGAAUCCCUUGAGCCAUGAUCUCGCUCUAGAAAGUAUUGACUUGGAAAAGAUUUACGAAGGAGUGGAAAGACGAGAGCAGGAACAAGAAGAGCGAGGCGAUCAGCUGGACAAGGAGAAGUUGGACUUUCAAGAUCUUGUAGUUGUAGAACUAUUACACUUCUUCAGACACUCAUUUUUCAAGUGGGUGAAUAAGCCCGAGUGCCCCCACUGUAAGUCCGACGAGAAUAUUCAAGGAGUAGGAGUGACAAGGGGACCACCAGCAUCGCAGGAUCCUGACGAAGUAGGCAGAAUUGAGAUCUACAAGUGUACUAAGUGCGGGCAGCAGGUUACGUUUCCUCGAAUCAAUAACCCAGUUUCUCUACUCCGGACCAAAGAGGGCAGAUGUGGUGAGUGGGUCAAUUGCUUUAUGUUACUUCUACAGGCUACUUUAGGAGCAGACGUACAAAUUCGAUAUAUUGUCAACUAUGAAGACCACGUAUGGUGUGAGUACUACUCUACUAACUUGAAAAGAUGGGUUCACUUGGACCCGUGCGAGGAUGCCUUUGAUAACCCAACUUUGUAUUGCGAAAACUGGGGUAAAAGCAUGAGUUGGGUGUUUGGCUUUGGGCUAGGGUAUGUCGUCGACUUGAGCGACAAAUAUAUCACUAAACCUGAUAAGCAAUUGGACAAGUGGGCGGUGGUUUCUCAUCCGCUGGUUGUGAGAAAGUAUUUGGAAUACACGAACAAUCAGCUCUUGAAAAAGUACUAUACAGAAAGACUUAAUGGCAUUCGGGAUGAGGCCAGCCGGUUGUUGGCAUUGAGUGAGGAAGUUGUGCUGCUUAAGGAGAACGAGUUGAAUGGACUGCCAACAAGAACCGCCAACAAGAACGAUGUUCCAAAGGGGAGGCAAUCGGGGAGCGCUGAAUGGACCAAGACCAGGGGUGAAGCUGGAGAGUAA